AUGGAUAAGUACACCCACUGUGACAAAGCUGUAGACAGCAUGUUAUAUAAGCCAGUUCGCGUCUCGAGGCGCGGCGCAGUCGCAGCAUCGAAACCGCGUCGAACCGGAGAUAUGCGAAUGGGAGAGUUAGUUGGGAUAAGUUCUAAACAGAAGAUGCCUCAGAGCGCUAUGCAAAGCGUAUACUACCGGCGACGAUGUGCGCGAGACUGA